GAUCGUGCAGAGAACAAAAACCUCCGCACCUCCACUUCUUCAUUCUUCUUACAUCUAUGCGGCUCAACAUCCAGCCAUACAUACAAACUUGCUGUUGCACUUGAUUCAGACAUUCAAGUGUCACAGUACUACCACACGAUGGCGAACUGGGAACCUCAGCAUCCUCCUCGAACGUCGUCACGAUUCCCCGCCCCAGGAAUCUUCGUAAAUGUCGAAUUUGGUGUCUCAUUUCGGGAUAGACCUCACACGGCUUCGAUGAACUACACAUCGAGACGGAUGCAAGAAAGACUAAACAGACAGCGGCGAGAACAGGAUGAACUUCUACUACAAGAAAGAAAUCAUCGCCACCCGUUUGAGCAGCCUCUCUGGUCUGGGCCACAUCCUUCUACGCUAACACCCGGGACGGGUGAUGAGGGAUACCGUCGUAAUCGACAGCAACAGCGACAGCAGCAGCAAAGAUCUUUAGGUGUAAGGACGCGGGAGCAGCAUGAGAGAGGUUCUUCAGCACCACCAUCCUUAUCCGAAAGACCUCAGAUGCCCACCAGUCCUGUCAGCCCGAUCAUGUCGAUACAGCACACCUCAAGUAUGCCUUUAGAUGGAUACGAAAGGCCCCUUCCACCUCUUCCAUCACAAUACCGUCUCGGCGAAGAUAGUUUACCUUGGUCUACAGAGCCUUGGUAUCGUCCUGCAAGUCCAGAUUAUGUCCCACCACCGGCGACGGUUGGAAUCGAGCGUGAAAACUGGAGAGGUGAGGAUCCGCAACGGGUCAGAGAACUGGAGGAUUUGCAUCUAGCAAUGUUGUCGGUGGAUAGUCUUCCUCAUGAUGGAUGGGAAGCAUGGACGUGGGAAAGUGUUGGAGAGAUGCCGAGAGGACCAAGGAGUUUAGGAUGGGCUGUCAGUUCAAAUGAUACGCCGGAGGGGAACGUUCGAUCACCAAUAUCACCACCACCGCCCUAUGUUGUCAGUCAAUGGGAGUCAUCGUGGGGAUGGAAUCGACCAAGAAGUUCGGGAUGAUGAAUCGGUGAUGGGAUUUCGAAUGCAUUAUUACACCACACUCGCUAGCUAUUACCUCUCGAGCAUGUCACAGGCCGAUAAGAUGAAGGAUAUGGAGCAAUGGGAGCUUUACGAUCUACGGCUCUAGGAUGGCAUUUAACAGGCAAGAAGGGAGUCUCUCUCGCCUAGAAUUGGAAUGGUGGUCAAGAAAAGCAUAUUGACACAAUCACCAAACCUGGACACACAACGCUCGUUCAAAGCAAUCCUCUAUACAGCAUCACCGAUAUCUUGAUCUGGGCCUUGGACAGAA